AUGACGGAGUCGCAGGACGUUGUGGGCGUUGCAACGGGCAUCGGCGCGGCUGUCAUCGCGCGCGAAUCGCUCGCAACGGGCAUGGGCGCUGUAACACCAUCAUUGCACGGGGAAGAGGCUCGGAGGCAGGAAGGUGAGAAGAAAACGAGUUUUGUGAUGGGGAAAGAGGGUCGGAGAGGGGAGGAGAGGGGAGGAAAGUGGAGGAGUGGGGGGGAGAGGUAUGAGAAGGAGGGAACACCCGUUUUCCUUUCUUCAGGGGAGGCCGGAGUGGGAAGGGCAGUGGUGCCGCUGCAAGGGGUGGGCAGUUCGGUUGGAGGAGGGAGGGCGACAGGGGGAGGAGCAGCAGAAUCCCUUGUUGGGAAUGAGGGUUGUGUGGGGAGGGCAUCGAUGCUGCUGCAAGGUGUGGGUAGCGCGGUUGCCGGAGAAAAGGGAAAAGAGGAGGGAGAAUUGGAGGGAGAGGAGGAGGGAGAGGAGGAGGGAGAGGACGAGGGAGAGGACGAGGGAGAGGAGGAGGGAGAGGAGGAGGGAGAGGAGGAGGAAGAGGAAUACGGAGAGGAGGAGGGAGAGGAGGAGGGAGAGGAGGGAGAGGAGGAGGGAGAAACCUCUUCCCUCCGUCCCAGGGGGGGUGGCAGUGUGGGGAGUGAGGGGGUGAAUGAGCGUGCCGGAGAGGAGGAGGAUGUUGCAGCUGAGCAAGAGGAGCACACAAGCUUGCAGGAGGGGCAGAAAGGGAAAAGGCAUGCAGGAGGAGGUGUUGAGAGGGAAGGGGCUGGCUGCGGGAGAAGCCACCUGAAAGGCCACCCGAGGGAGCAGAAGAGAUACCUGGAUAGGAAGAGAGGCCGCCGAGGCAACCUGAGGCAGCAGAGGGUACACCUAGAGCGACAGGAUAUAUACCUGAAUGAGUACCUCAUGAAGCAACACAAGGAGCAGCAGGAGUUCUACUGGAGGCAGCAGGAAGAGCAGCGGAAAUUCAACAGGAGGCAGCAGGAGGAGCAGCUGAAGUUUUACUGGAAGCAGCAGGAAAAGCAAUUGAAGCAGCAGAACGUGCACGUGAUUGCUCAGGCAAACGACGGGAAGCGUAAAAGGCAGCACCAGGAGCUUCAAGGGGAGAAGGCGGAGGGGGAGGAGGGAGAGGAGGGGGAGGAAGGGGAGGAGGGGGAGGAGGGGGAGGAGGGGGAGGAAGGGGAGUGUGUGAAGGAUGAGGAGAGGGAAGGGGCGUGGUGA